AUGGCGCAGACUCUUGUAAUCGACGGCCUCAAAGAUCGAAUCCUGCCGAUCAAUCUGCGGCAGAGCGGAAACAGCGAUGCCCAGAUGCUGAUCUCCACCAGGGUAAGAAAGUCUCCCUGGUGGCACAUGUCAAAGGCUGCUGGCUGCUGGGCGUAUACGACCUACAACCACCUGUAUCAUCCGAGAGCCUACAUCAAACCAGAAGAUGGCGGGCUGAUGGCGGAGUACGAGAUUUUGACCGAGCACGUCAGCAUAUGGGACGUGGCGGUCGAGCGCCAAAUCCAGGUUAAGGGCCCGGACGCAGCCGACUUCGUGGACUACGUGAUCACGCGCGAUGUUCAUCAGCACGUGCCUACGAUGCAGGCUCGCUACGUUAUUCUGUGCAACCAGUACGGCGGCAUAAUCAACGACCCGGUGCUCCUGCGCGUAGCUGACGAUGAGUUCUGGUUCAGCAUCUCCGACUCAGAUGUCUUGCUAUGGGCCCAGGGAGUUAAUUCCUCCGGUAGGUUCAAUGUGGACAUUCACGAGAUUGAUGUGUCUCCCGUCCAAAUCCAGGGCCCCAAGUCGGUGGAUCUGCUAGAAAAGAUGGUUGGACCCCACGUGAGGGACAUCCCCUACUACGGACUCAUCCACGACACGGUGAACGGACACCCUGUAACUAUCUCACGCACGGGCUUCUCCGCGGAGGUCGGAUUCGAGAUCUACCUGCACGACGCUAUGCUCUACUCUGAUGAAGUCUGGCCCUACAUCUUGGAACAGGGAGAAGAAUUUAACCUGGGCGUGAUCGCCGCCAGUCACAUCCGACGACUGGAGGCUGGCAUUCUGUCCUACGGGCAGGACAUGGACAUUGAGGACAACCCUUUCGAGGUCCGGCUUGGCUGGCAGGUGGAUCUGGACAAGGGCGACUACAUUGGCAAGAAAGCCCUAGCCGGGAUCAAGGAAGAAGGGGUUCAGCAGCGGCUGGUCGGACUCAGAAUGGGUGGGAGAACCCAUUACCUGGUCAAGGUCCAGCUUCCGAAGGACGGCAUAGUGGACGCCGAAGUAGUGCGCGUACCAUUCGUAGAUCCAAGUAAAGACAUCCCCAAGACCGACCUCUAA